AUGGAAAAAUUCCAGAGUACCAAAUUGCCAUCUCUGUUAGAGUCUUUGUCAAUUGGAUCAAACUCUUUAGAAGGUGGAAUUCCCAAAUCAUUUGGGGAUGCAUGUGCUUUGCGCUCAUUGGACAUGUUUAAUACUAGCUUGAGUGAAGAGUUUCCAAUGAUAAUCCAUCACUUGUCUGGAUGUGCUAGGUAUUCAUUGGAACGAUUAUAUCUAGGCAUGAAUCAAAUCAACGGCACACUACCCGACCUCUCAAUAUUCUCAUCUUUAAGAGAAUUAAAUCUUCAUGGAAACAAGCUAAAUGGAGAGAUUCCUAAAGAUAAUAAAUUUCCACCUCAACUGGAGCAACUAGAUCUGCAAUCAAAAUCCUUGAAGGGUGUGCUCACUGACUAUCAUUUCGCUAAUAUGUCUAAGUUGUACUUCUUGGAUUUAUCUGACAACUCUUUAUUGGCCUUGGCAUUUAGCCAAAAUUGGGUCCCACCAUUUCAGUUGAGCCACAUAGGAUUGCGAUCUUGCAAGCUAGGUCCAGUAUUUCCCAAAUGGUUGGAGACACAAAAUCAAUUUGGGGAUAUUGACAUUUCAAAUGCUGAAAUAGCAGAUAUGGUUCCAAAGUGGUUUUCGGCUAAUUUAGCAUUCCGAGAAUGGAUUUCAAUGAAUAUUUCAUACAAUAAUCUCCAUGGAGAAAUUCCAACUGGUACACAAUUACAGAGUUUCAAUGCCUCAUGUUAUGAAGAUAAUCUUGAUCUUUGUGGACCGCCACUAGAGAAAUUGUGUAUUGAUGGGAAGCCUGCACAGGAACCCAUUGUUAAAGUUCCUGAAGAUGAAAAUUUGCUUUUCACCCGUGAAUUUUACAUGAGUAUGGCAAUUGGAUUUGUUAUAAGCUUUUGGGGCGUUUUUGGUUCAAUCUUAAUAAAUCGUUCUUGGAGACAUGCUUAUUUCAAGUUCAUAAGCAAUUUCUCAAAUGCUAUUUAUGUCAUGGCAGCCGUUAAAGUUUUCAAGUGGCAUCAGAGAGGAUAG